GACAGCGUGUGGCGGGGACGCCCACUACUUGUUUGUAAGUGGAGUGAGCCGGACCACCGCCUCAGUGUCACUCCGCACUCCGGAGAACAGGGAAACACUUGAGUUUGUAGUAUUUCAGGUGGAAAUUCAGGUGUUGGGGGAUGUUUGUUCGAGGAGGUCUCAUUCGCUGACAGACCAACGUGCCCAAAAACUGAUUGGUCGGCGACUUUUACUACCAAACUUCCUCCCAGGUAUCGCUCAGUGUGGUGGCAUUUUCCCGGCAGUGCACGUGCUUCCUGCUCAGGAUGUCCUCAGGUGAGCCGGAGGAGAGGUGACCAUGGAGGCAAAUCUGAGCUAUACUCUGGCUCUGCUGCUGCUGGGCUGCUCCUUCAUCCACACGGUUAAUGGAAAGUUUCCUCACUGCCAGUUCCACUGGGAGAUGCAGAGAGCCAAGAAGGAGUGUGAGACGCUACUGCAGCAACAGACAGCUGCGAGCACAGGAUGUCUCGGCCAAUGGGACAACGUCUCGUGUUGGCAGAGCGCAGACUUCAACGAGGUGAGGACCCUCCCCUGCCCCUCCCCCAUCCUGCGCCUCUUUGGGAAAAACGGUAAUCUGAGCAGGAACUGCACACAGAGAGGCUGGUCUGACGUUUACCCCGUCGUCUCCGUCGCCUGCUGGUCCCCCCCCACUGAUGAACCCAGCGAGCUGAUCUUCUACAGAGUGGUGAGGAUCCUCUCCACUCUGGGCCACAGCCUGUCCCUCAUCACUCUGCUCACCAGCUCCAUCAUCAUCUGCUUGUUCAGGAGGCUCCACUGCACGAGGAACUUCAUCCAUCUGAACUUGUUUUUGUCCUUCAUGCUGCGAGCCGUUGCCGUGCUCAUUAAAGACGAGCUGCUCUUCUCAGACGACCAAAACACAGACUGCAGCACGCAGCCCUCGCUGGUGGGCUGUAAGGCCAGCCUUGUCUUCUUCAACUACUUCAUCAUGGCCAACUUCUUCUGGCUGCUGGUGGAGGGUCUGUACCUGCACACGCUGCUGCUCGUCAUCCACCGCUACUCCACCCGCCUCUCCACCUACAUGCUCAUCGGCUGGGGAAUCCCUUUUGUUUUCAUGGUAGCGUGGAUCAUAUGCAGGAUAAACCUGGAGGACACGAGUUGUUGGGAGAUGAACGAGAACCCUAUCCCCAACCGGCUGAUAAACUGGCCCAUCAUGGCGUCUGUCAUUAUCAACUUCAUCCUGUUCAUCAGCAUCAUCCGCAUCCUGGUGCAGAAACUGCGCUGCACUGAUGUCGGAGGAAAUGAGCAAUCACAAUACAGACGUUUGGCCAAGUCCACCCUCCUGCUGAUCCCUCUGUUUGGAGUGAACUACGUGGUGUUUGUCUACCUGGUGGAGCCCACUGACAAAAACAUGAAUCACAUCAAGAUCUUCUUUGACCUCGCCCUCGGAUCCUUCCAGGGUUUAAUUGUGGCUGUCUUAUAUUGUUUCCUCAACAGCGAGGUCCAGAGCGAGCUGAGGAGGACGUGGAGGAGUUUAUCUCUCAAGCGCUACGUGGGGCGGGACUACAGACCACAUGCUAUGUCAAUGAGCAGGAACGGCACCGAAAACUCUGCUCACUUCCCCAGAAACUCUCGAGCUCAGUCCAUCCUGCAGACUGAGACCACGGUGCUCUGACCGGGAGAAAAAACUGUUUUUAUAUAAAGACAUUCAGAAUUGAAGAUUACAUUCAGAGUUAAUCUGAAUUCCACUCUCACUUAAGGACUCUUGUAGACAUAUCGUUCGCUGCUGCAGGGACCGAACCUGUUUCCUGCAGAAGUUUCUGAAGCGAAGGACUUCUGGUUUCACGGCGUGUGCCUCCUGAUUCUCAUUUUAUUAAUGUAUAAAGCACAUGAGACAGUGCAUGCUGAAAUACAGCAGAACACACACCUGCAUCUUCCUUUCGUUUCAUUUAACGUUAGAAAAAGGAGAGGAUAUCAUCUGUUACAGUGAAGACAACUUUAGACUUUAAUAAUAAGUCUGGACUUCAUGAUUCACGGUGGUCAUGAUAUAUUUUAUUUUUCAUUAUGAAAGAGUCUUCAAAACAAAGAACAUUUAAACAACCCAAAAAUAAAUGAAUGUAUUAGAAAAUAUAUAUUGAAAUAUAUUGUUUUAUUGAAUUAAUAACCCAAAAAGUAAAUGUGAAAAUGUUUUGGCUUGUAACCUCUUAAAAUUAGGCAGCAUCUACUGGCGACCCUUAAAAUCUUUUUUAAAUGAUCCAGUAGUUUUCAAUUAAAAAAACGUGAAUGUGUUAAUGUUUAUGUACAGGAGGACAAAGGAGUUUUAUAAGCUUUUGCAUAAAUUGUAAUUGUAUAUGUUUUAUGUAUAAAUACUUUUAUCA